AUGGCCCCGUUCUCUCCGGUGAAGCACAAUGUGGCUCCUGAGUAUGGAAAAACUUGGCAAGCCACCACAAGAGGAGAUGUUUACAGCUACGGAGUAUUGACAAUGGAGCUCUCAACGGGUAGAAGAGCAGUUGAUGAAGGAGAAGAGUGUUUGGUCGAAUGGGCAGGUAACAUGACAGCCAAAGUGAGAAUCAAGAUUGAGCUAAGGUGGAGAGUGAGAUUGGUGGAGACGAUGAUGCUACGGCCAAGAAAAGAAGAAGGUUUCGAUGGAGUAGAGAUUCAUGGUGUUCAUGGCUAUCUAAUAGACCAGUUCAUGAAGGACACGGUGAAUGACAAAACAGACGAAUACGGUGGAUCAUUGGAAAAACGUUGCAAAUUCGCUCUAGAUUUAGUCGAAGCACUGGCCAACGAGCAACGAGAUUGGACCAAACCGUGUUGGAAUCAGGCUGUCUCCGGGACUUUCAUCUCCGCUGGAGGUUACACGAAAGAAGACGGUGAUAAGGCAGUGGCAGAGGGACGAACCGAUCUGGUGGCUUACGGUCGGUGGUUUCUUCGAAGUGGAUGCACCGUUAAUCAAAUAGGAUAG